UUUAUAUCGCUGCCGGCCGCGGGGAGGCCCAUAUUGGGCAGUGUGAGUGUUUGGGGAUAAGUGUGUCAGGCGGGGCUCCUGCAGCUGCCCCUGCGCCCCCAGCCCGGAAUUCUUUGUGGCAUCUUUGCUGCUUUGUGAGCAAUUAAGCAUGCAAAUAGCCCCUCAGAAAUCAAACUGAAUUCGAAGAAGACUCUCCUUAAAAGUAUGGCAUGUAUCAUGGAGAGCAAGAUUGUGGGAAAGGAAAAACAGCAACAUAGCUUGACCUUACUGAGCAAAAUUAAGAGCAUGAAAGAAUUAGCAGAAAUGAUAGAUGUAGUGCUUAUCGCAGAAGGGGAGAAAUUUCCCUGCCAUCGUCUAAUUUUGGCAGCCUUUAGUCCCUACUUCAAAGCCAUGUUCACCUGUGGUUUGCUUGAAUGUGCUCAGAGGGAAGUCAUCCUCUAUGAUAUCACAGCAGAGAGUGUAUCUGUAAUAUUAAACUAUAUGUACAACGUGGACUUGGACCUCAAUAAUGCCAAUGUACAGACUGUAGCUGUUGCUGCUUACUUUAUGCAAAUGGAUGAUGUCUUCAACAUGUGCCAGAAAUAUAUGAUGGACCACAUGGAUGCCUCUAAUUGUGUAGGAAUCUAUUAUUUCGCCAAACACAUCGGGGCAGAAGAUUUAUCUGAUCAAGCCAAGAAAUAUUUAUAUCAGCACUUUGCCGAGGCAAGUCUACAUGAAGAAAUUUUAGAAAUUGAUGUGGAUCAAUUGAUGGGACUUAUUAAAUCAGAUGAUCUCAAUAUUUCCCGAGAGGAGAGCAUUCUAGACUUGGUUUUGAGAUGGGUAAACCAUAACCGAGAAUUGCGUCUAGAGUCCCUUGUUGAACUUUUGAAACAAGUCAGACUGGGACUUGUGAAUCCUUCUUUUUUAAGAGAAGCAUUGAAGAGGAACACAGUGCUUCUUUGUAACUCAGAUUGCAUCGAUCUCAUUCAGGGUGCCUUAGAUGCCAUCAAGAAAUCCAAACAGCAAUGUCUAAAUCUCCGAUACGGAAUGGAGACCACCAGUCUUCUGCUUUGUAUCGGCAACAAUUCCACAGGGAUCAGAUCGAGGCACAGCAACUAUGGAGAUGCCAGUUUUUGCUAUGCCCCUACAACACAGAAGACUUACUUCAUCUCCUCCCCGAAGUAUGGAGAAGGCUUGGGAACUGUAUGUACUGGAGUCGUUAUGGAAAACAACAACAUUGUUGUGGCAGGUGAAGCCAGUGCCUCUAAAUUAUCUAGACAAAAGAGCAAGAACGUAGAGAUCUAUCGGUACCACAAUCGGGGAAACAAAUUCUGGGAAAAAUUAUGUGCCACUGAGUUUCGGGAACUUUAUGCCCUAGGCAGUGUCUAUAAUGACCUUUAUGUCAUAGGAGGACAAAUGAAAUUGAAAAAUCGGUAUCUUGUUACAAACUGUGUGGACAAGUAUUCAGUGGAACAUGACAACUGGAAAAGGGUGGCCCCUCUUCCAUUACAACUAGCAUGCCAUGCUGUGGUAACAGUGAAUAAUAAACUUUACGUGAUUGGAGGAUGGACCCCACAGAUGGAUCUCCCUGAUGAUGAGCCUGAUCGAUUAAGCAACCGACUGUUGCAGUAUGACCCUGGCCAAGAUCAAUGGAGAGAGCGGGCACCGAUGAAGUACUCUAAAUACCGAUUCAGUAGUGCCGUAGUCAACAACGAGAUUUAUGUCCUGGGUGGAAUCGGCUGCCUGGGUCGAGACAAAGGCCAAGUUCGUCAAUGCCUUGAUGCUGUUGAGAUCUAUAACCCAGAUGGGGAUUUUUGGAGAGAAGGGCCCAGAAUGCCAACUCCCCUCCUCUCUCUUCGUACCAAUUCUACCAAUGCAGGAACAGUGGAUGGAAAGUUAUAUGUCUGUGGGGGUUUUCACGGAGCAGAUCGACAUGAGAUUAUCUCCAAGGAAAUCUUGGAGCUGGACCCUUGGGAAAAUCAGUGGAAUGUCGUAGCCAUCGAUGUCCUCAUGCAUGACAAUUAUGAUGUCUGCCUUGUGGCCAAAAUGAAUCCCAGGGAUCUUAUUCCCCCACCUUCAGAUUUGGUAGAAUAAAGAAGUUAAAGUUGAAAUACCAUUACUGCAGAGAUGUCAGAUUGGGUUAUAAAUGAAGAGUUUAAAACAUAGAAAGCCACAUAAAUUUACCUUUGUUCAUUCAGUAGGUAUUGAGUACCAGGCACUAACCUUGCCCUCACUGUGUUGAUAAUCUAGUAGGAAGAUAAAACAGAUAAAAAAUGAACAACUUCAGUAUGAGGUAAAAUAUGAUAACCAAUCCCCUCAAGAAGAACAAACUAAGUGUUUUGGCACUCGUAUGGAUGGAAAGAGACUUAUAAAUGGAUUAUUCAAUAAGACAAAAUGGAGCUAAAAUUAGAACUUGAAAAGGUUGGUCCCUGAACUAGACCAUUCAAAUUGAACUUUGAAGAGUGAGUAAGACUUUGACAUAUGGAAAUGGGUUAGAAUGGUAUUCCCAACAGAGGAAAUGGCAUAAACACAAAUAUCAAAGGCAGAAAAGCCCAAUCUUUAGGAAAUGGUGACUAAGUCAAGUUGAUUGAACUGGAAAUAUAGGUUGGAGCCUGAUUCCAGAGAGUCAUGAAUGUGAUGUUAAGUUUUUUGUAGAUAUGAGAAGCCAAUGAUGGUGGGAACAUCACCAUGGGACAUUUAUUUCCUUCCCUGUUUUCAGUGAUGAUCGUUUUGUUGGUCUGUUUUGUACAAAUAUUAUCUACAUCUUAUUUAGACUGUCUUCCCUUUGGCAACAUUGAUAAACAGCAUAGAGAAUACUGAAGUAUGAAGUCACAAUGUCUUAGAGUCAAGAGCUCUCUGAGAGCUAUAUCUGCAAUGAAAGUACAUCUGGCUGCAGCAAUUUUCUUGUUCAAAUAUUAUUGCACUGAGUCCCCAUCCACUAUGAGCCCAAAGAAUCUGUCCCAAUGGGAUUAUAUCUUCUGGGGUUGGCUAAAGAUGCUGAUUGGAGAUUUUGCUGACCCAGUCUGUUAAGGCUGAUUCAACAGGGACCUAGACCAGUUGAAAAUAUGUUCAAGAGAAUCUGCUUAUGGCAACAUUGAUGGAAAUGAGGAGAACAGAUGGUAGGGCUGGUGACAAGGAAUUUUGUUAUCCAUAAUGCUGAGCAGUUUGAGUUCCCAGACAUGUCCUGCUGUGGCAUUUCCCAGACAUGCCAUGAUGCUGCUUCUGAAUGAAGAGGUCAUGCCUCCUGGGAAAUGGCUCACAGGACAUGUCUAGAUGAUCUGAAGAAAUUUCUCACCAUGGAAGUUUGAGAGGAGAGUCAACUUUCCCUUGUGACAUAAAUGGUAUUAUAACCCCUGGCUUAUGGGGUGAACUCUCUGUAGAAGUCAGAAAAAAUGAGAUUGCUUUUAUUCUUUUUUUUCUUCCUUUUGUACCUAUGGAAGAAACCACUGGCUCCACGUACCAAGGGCUAUUAUCACAUUUCCCUUAGAUGGAAAAGGCUUUGUUUUUCUAAUUGUUCUCAGUAAUCAUGUAGCAUUCAGACAUUUUAAUAUAUUUCCUCUAUAGCCCAUCUAAGAUAUAUCCGUUUCCUUUCCUCAGCAAGCACUUUAUGUAGUAUCACCAGUCAUAGAGACAGUUACUGUAUUCUGCUGAUACAACUUCGGAUGCUCUCAGUCAGUCAACAAACAUUAAGCAUCUCUGCUAGAAGGAGAUACAAAGAUGCAAGUCCCUUCCUUCAAGGUGUUUGCCAUCGAUUUAGAAGACAACAGUUUCAUACAUACAAAAAGGAAAGGAGAGAAUGGGAGAUUCUUAGCUAGGAGACUCAGGAAGAGCUGACUAGUUGGGGCAUUAGUCUGUCUUACAUUCUGAUGAGGGAGACAGCAUGUAAAUAACUAGGUAAGUAUAGCAUAUAUGCAGAAUAAAUGCAGGUAAUCUGAUAGGGGAAGGCACUAGCAGCUGGAAGAUCAGAGAGUCCUCCUACAGAAGGUGAGAUCUGAGUCAAGAUUGAAGGAAGCCAGAGAAACUAAGAGGGAGAUGAAAGGAGAAAAGAGUAUUUCAGUCUUGGGGGAUCUCCAGGUCAAAGGGGAGAACAGGAAGCUGCCCAGUGUAGCUGUAUCAGAUUUUGUGGAAGGGAGAGGGUGAAGAGGAGGCAAGUUUAAGAUGAUUAGAAAGAAGCCAGAUGGUGAAAGGUUUUCAUGCCAAUCAGAAAUCUUAAUAUUUGGUCCUAGAGAUAAUCAGGAACUACUGGAACUUAUUAUUUCAGGACAGAGGUGACAUAAUGACACCUGCUUUAAGGAAAAUCACUUUGGCAGCUCAAAUUGAUGUGGGGAGAGGUUUGAAUCAGAAAGAACCAAUUAAAAAGCUAUUUCAGGAGUCCAGAGGUUAUGAAAGCCUGUACAAAAGAUUCUAAGGAAAAGUGCAUGACAGAUGUUGUGAAGUUGGAAAUGAUAAGAUAUGACAAUAGAUUUAAGAUAACUGGUUGAAGAAGGAGAAGAUAUUUUUGUCCCACUCUCUUAAGUAAUCCACUCAAUUGCCCAUCCCCUGGGAUUUGAGGUUGAGUCAUUUGAUCUCAUUACAAAAGUGGGGAUGGAGAAGAGUGGGUUUUUGUGUGCCAUGUAAGUAUUGAUUGCAUGCAAUCUUUUAUCAUCCAUAAACACAUAAAAGAAUUACAAAAUACCAGCUUUUGAGAGAACUUUAUUUUUUUAGAGGAACUUUAAAGCUUUAAAAAAAAAAAAAAAGCUUGUACUGAGACUUUUGGGACAGCUUGUAUAACAGGAAUAAUUUAGAUUAUAUCUAACCCUUUACAUAAUGUUAUAAAACAGUCCUAUGAAGAAUUGGUAGUACAAGUAUUAUUAGUCUGAUUGCACAAAUAUAAAAAUUUCAACUUUUCAAAAUGACUUCUGGCAUAACCAAGAUUUUAUGGCUAAUUAAAGAUAAUGCCAGGAUCUUUUAAUUGCUCAUUUAGUGCUCUUCCUAUCAUACUGCACUGCCUUUCACUCUUUUAUCCAGUGCUCAACAACACCCCUAACUCUUGGUCCUUCUGGUUUCUGACAUUUUCUAUGUAUCUAAAAGAUAAUUGUUCUUAUUAAUCAACCAUUGAGUUUAAUAGUUACCACAUAAAGAAAGAAUGACCUUUUUUUUUAAGCAUGAUAGAGCA